AGCAAAAGUACAUAUAUCAGUCAUCGGUAUCGGUCAGCGUAACUAUCCUGCACAAGAGGAAAGUUGUCAAUGAAAUAUAGAAUGAAUUUCUACCUUGCUGACCCUAGGAUUCGGUGGUGCCAAGGUUUAAAUACCAGCGCAUCGACAAUGAUGAUCAGCGACAAAUACUCAACACCGAAGUGAUCACCUGUGCGCAAUGCUGUACAUUCCAAGUUGGCACAAACCCAGGACAUGUCUAUCUGUUGACUCUCGAGGGUAAAUCAGUGGAGUCCAAUUUGAGCAGUAGCAAAAGUCGCACUCAUUCUAUGGCGGUAAACCACAUCGAUGUGGAUCCUCGCGAUGAAUAUGUGGUCACAUGCUCCGAUGACGGUCGCGUCAACAUUACAAAAUUAUUCAACUGGAAGAACAAUCGAAGUUUCAUUUCGAGCAAGUUUAUCAAAGCGGUCGGGUGGUAAAUAUUUAUACAAUGGCCGAUAUAUUGCCACCUAAUAACACCGAUUCAGGCAGCGAUGAGGAAGAAGUAGAGCGAAAGUUCGAUUACCAUCGCAUUGGCAAGGAUCUGCGAAAUAUACUCAACACCGAUGAGGUCACCUGUAGUGCUGUGCAUUCCAAGUUUCUGAUAUUUGGCACAUUCCGAGGGCGCGUCUAUCUGGUGGAUCAUCAGGGCAACUCAGUGGAGUCCAAUUUAAGCACUGGCGAUCGUCACACCCGUUCUGUGGCUGUGAACCACAUCGAUGUGGAUGCUCGUGGUGAAUAUGUUGUCACAUGCUCCGAUGACGGUCGCGUCAAUAUUACGAGUUUGUUUAGUUGCGAAAUCAAUGAUACUCUCAGUUAUGACAAGUUUAUCAAAGCUAUCGCCUUGGAUCCAGAAGACAAAUCAGGCGUGCGUCGCUUUAUAGUGGGUGACGACAAGCUGACUCUCUAUGAACCCAGCUUGCUGCAUCGUCUGAGGCCUAGGGAAUUGUGCGCUGUGGAAGGCAGCGUAUUGUCCAUUAGCUGGCAGGGCAAUUUUGUCGCUUGGGCGAGUCAUUUGGGAGUAGGUGUCUAUGAUCUGAGAGAGAAAUGUUCGCUGGGACUGAUGAAAUGGGAGGGGCAAGCACAUCUAGAAAACUUUCGCUGCCACUUACGUUGGUCGAAUCCAACGACGUUGCUCAUCGGUUGGGUAGACACCAUAAGCAUUCGUGAGAUACGGAAACGCAAUGCCAUCGAAGCAUCCUCUAGUAACUUGCCAGGCUAUGUUGUAAAUACUGUCUCUACAUUUCAAACAUCUUUCUACAUUUGUGGUCUGGCGCCGCUGGCGGCCAAUCAGCUUGUUGUGCUAGGAUAUCGUAAGGAGCGAAGUGCGAACUAUAAAGCAUUGCGUCCUGUGCUCUGUGUCAUUGAAUAUAAGAUGAACACUUGCGAGGAAGUGUGCACAGACAGCUUGACACUGCGUGGCUUCGAGGAGUACACAGUCAAUGACUAUAGUUUAGGUAGUAUCAUUGAAGAGAAUCGUUACUUCAUAAUUGCCCCUAAGGAUAUUGUCGUUGCCAGCCUGAUUGAGACAGACGAUCGCGUGGAAUGGCUCAUUAAACACAAUAAAUUCGAGGAAGCUAUGGAGAUUUCUACACAUGGCGGCAGUCUACCACUGCUUUCCGUGGCUAGAUUGUAUAUAAACCAUUUGUUGACGCUCAAAAAAUACGAAGACGCUGCUAAAUUGUGUCUCUGUGUGCUGGGUAAUAACAAAGCCCUGUGGCAGGAAGAGGUAUACAAGUUUGUCGAGUGCCAGCAACUACGCUGCGUUAGUGCUUACUUACCCACAUCGGAGGAUUGCAAGCUGGAUCCACAAAUCUAUGAAAUGGUUCUCUAUGAGUUUCUCAAGCUGGACGUAAAUGGAUUUCUCAAUUUAAUCAAGGAGUGGCCACCAAAACUGUAUAAUGGCAUGGCCGUAAUUAAUGCCAUACGCAAUAACUUCAGAAAACAGAAUGCCAAUGAGUUAUUUGAGGCGUUGGCACUGUUGUAUUCCUACCAAGGCAAUUAUGAAAGCGCAUUGCGCAUGUAUUUAAAAUUGCAGAAUAAAGUUGUAUUUGAGCUAAUACGACGAUUUGAGCUCUACGACGUCAUUUCUCAACUUAUCAUUCCACUCAUUCAGUUAGAUCGCGAACGUGCCUUUAAGAUAUUACUCGAUAAAAGUAAAAUUAAGCCCGACGUUGUUGUACAUCAGUUGGAGCAAAACCAAGAAUACCUUUACUGGUAUUUGGAUGGUCUAGAAAAGACUGAGAGUCAUGGUGCGUUCCAUGAAAAACUUGUUGGACUCUAUGCGAAAUAUGAUCGUUCAAAGCUGUUGCCCUUUUUGCGUCAUCCCUUAUCUAAUUACACUAUACAAGAAGCGCUAGCAAUUUGCAAAAGCAAAGGUUUCCAUCCAGAAAUGGUCUAUUUGCUGGGUCGCAUGGGAAAUGAUGUCGAAGCUUUAAAUAUUAUUAUACAUAGCAUAAAAGACAUUGAAAUGGCCAUUGAGUUAUGCAAGGAGCGCAACGACGAUGAUCUUUGGAACAAACUCAUCGAUGAGUCUAGUAACCAAGGUGAAAUGGUAACCAAGGUUCUGGAUGGAAUAGUGGACUACGUGAAUCCGGAGUUGGUGGUCAGCAAGAUCAAAUUGGGACAGAAUAUACCUAAUCUGCAGCAAUCGCUCACAAAAAUGCUGUGGCAUUAUAGACUAAAGAAGGAUUUUAUGGAUCUGGCUCACGAGAUGCAAUUGACAGACUAUUUCGACACUCAUGUGGUUACGAUGCAGAAACGUGGUCGGAAUGUCUCCGAUGAUCAAGUGUGUCCAUCCUGUUCCUGCACCCUUAUUGUUAGUGACUCUACUCCGAACAAUGGACUGACCAUAUUCAAUUGUGGCCACAUUUAUCAUGAAACUUGUCUCACAGAUUCUCGUUGUGGUGUAUUGGGAUGCUAUUCUUGAAAAUUGUUAGACGCCAAUUUGUAAGUCUAAAUGUGGUUUUGUACCAGAAGUAUCAGGGUAUUAUAAGAUAAAAAAAAGCGUGAAGGAUAAGCAAAAAUUGUUCAGAAAGAAUCUUGCUAAUACCAUAAAUCGUUGGUACAAAUAGGCAAUAGUCUCUUCAAUGCCUGGGAUACUCGACCUAUACUAAUUAACAUAAAAGCAUUACUUUUGAAUAUAUGAAAACCUAGUAUGCAAACUUCAGCGUUGACAUAUUUUUUAAAAUUGUCAUGCAAUUCAUUUAUUAGCCUUAACCUUUGCUUGUAUGAGUAUUUAUUUUUUAUAAUUAGUUAAAGCGCUGUAAUUAUUGUGUCGACUAUAAUUCAGUGGUCUCGUUUCGAAUUAGCGCGCCAAAUUUAGUGGUAUCGGUACCAAAUGCCUACUUUACAUCGAUAGCUGGUGGAAAGCCAAGUAAAUGUAUUGGUCAUCGAUUCUUAUCGCAACUUGAUAAAUAAAAACACAUGCAAGUUGUUUAAUAGAAACUUACAAUAACAUAUGCAUGACAUAUUGGCAAUUGUUUCUUAUUACAAUUGUUUCUGUGUUUAUUUUCUUUCAUUCACCCCAAUACAAUCUUGCAAACGGUAGUCAAAUGCACUUAGGCCUCUGUCUCAGACUGAAGCUUAGCCACAUAGGCGGCCUUGUGGGCAGCAACCUUGGUCUUGCGCUCCUCAUUCGUGAGUUUCUUGGCGUUCCACCUCUUCUUGGUAGGAGCUGCCUUCUUUGCAGCAGCCUUCUUCGGGGUUGGAUCGUUGCGGAUGGCCUGGUGGGCUUUCUUGUAGAUAUCCUCAACCUGCAAAGUGAAAUGAAAUAGAUUAAUAAAAACAAUACUAUUUGAGGAAUAUGAAUUUAGUGAUGUGCAACCAUAAACAGGAAAAUCAGCUCAUUGGGAAGAGGUGAAAUACGAACACAGGUUUGCAUUUACUGUGGUCCACUUUUGGCACAGCCAGCGUUGUGGGUUACAAAACGCAGCGGUAAUUUUUUAAGUGGACGUCAAAAUCAGUUAAUUAAUGAGGAUACUCACAUCGUCGGCACGGAUGCCCAACUUGAUGUAACGGCUGAACUGGCGCUUGAAUGCCUCCUCAUCCUCUUCCUCCAAGCUGCGCAUAUAAUCAGCCACGUGCUGGCCGAAGAUGUGAGCGCGGUGCACAUCAGCAUUGAAGCUCUUGGCCUCAGCAGAGUAGCCAGGGAAACGCUUAACGGAGUGGGGGAUGUUCAGACCACCAUCGACAGCGCCCUUCAUGGCACCGAACACACGAGCACCGGUGGUUGUGCGAGCCAAA